GACCUGAAAACUAACACACACACAAAAAAAAAAACCUAUAAUUAAAGAAGCCAUGUAGCCACCAACCCUCUCAACAGUAAUGCCAUCCCAGCCACAACUCACCUCUCACACAUUUACUCAGACCAUGCCCCACUCAUUUCAAUUUCUUUUCCUCUCAAAUGGGUAAUGACCAGCUCCCACAAUGACUCUGCACCACCAAGUGAGUAACUGUGAAGUCCUUCCCUCCAAAGUCCCCUCAUACCAUACCAAUGGCUCUACAACAUAGCCCUGGAAGUGAUUCUGAUGAAGCUAACCACCGAGUACACAACCAAAGCAUAGUAGUUCCUGCAAACCUCAUUUCCAUAGCAGAUAGCUUUGAAAAGAAAGAGCAUUCAUGGUUUGUCACUUCUGAAAUCCCAACAGAUAUAGCAAUUCAAGUUCAAGAAAUCACCUUUCAUGUUCACAAGUAUCCAUUGGUUUCAAGAUGUGGCUACCUAGCCCAAGUCGAACUCUGGCCAUUGAACUCAAAUUUAGGAUAUGACUUGAAGCUCGAAAACUUCCCAGGUGGAUCAGAAACAUUUGAAAUCAUUCUAAAAUUCUGUUAUGGUCUCCCCAUAGGCCUAAAUCCUAGCAAUGUCGCUGCACUGAGAUGUGCAUCGGAAUUUCUAGAGAUGACUGAAGCACUUGAAGAUGGAAAUCUCAUUUCCAAGACAGAAGCUUUCCUCACAUUUGUAGUCCUUUCUUCAUGGAGAGACUCUGUCACUGUUCUCAAAUCUUGUGAAACUCUAUUUCCAUGGGCUGAAAACCUCCAAAUCGUACGAAGAUGCUGUGACUCCAUUGCUUGGAAGGCUUCUCGAGAAAAUCCAACAAUUGGAGAGAUGAUUAAUGAAGAGAGCUGGUGGUUUGAAGAUAUGGCUACCCUACGCAUUGAUCAUUUCAUGAGGAUCAUAACAGCAUUAAGGGCCAAGGGGAUGAAUCCAGAAAUUAUCGGUUCAUGUAUCAUGUACUAUGCAGGAAUAUGGUUGCCAGGCAUGGAGGUAGAAUGGGAAGGACUACGACGAUACAGUUACAGCAAAAAUGAACUGCAGUUAAAAAUUCUGAGUGGAAGGAGACAGGAAGGGAAUGUUGGACACAAUAAAGAGCAAAGGAUGAUUGUAGAGAGCUUAGUGAGCAUACUGCCUCCACAGAAAGAAGCUGUUUCAUGCAAGUUCUUACUGAGGAUGCUAAAGAUGGCUUUGGUGUAUUCAGCAUCACCAGCUUUGAUUUCAGAGCUUGAGAAAAGAGUUGGGAUGGUGUUGGAAAAUGCUAAUGUAAAUGAACUUCUUAUUCCUAGUUGUACAAUCGGAGAUCAGGGAAAGCCAUUGAAUUCACCAGAUCAAUGCACAAUGCACAACAUAGAUGUGGUGCAGAGAAUUGUAGAAUAUUUCCUUAUGCAUGAACAACAACACCAACACCAGCAGCAGCAGCAACAGAAGUCUGGAAAAUUGACCAUCAGUAAACUUUUGGACAGUUAUCUAGCUGAGAUUGCAGGAGAUCCCAAUCUCUCCAUCAUCAAAUUUCAAGCUCUAGCUGAAGCAUUGCCAGAAAAUGUUCGAACAUGCCAUGAUGGUGUCUAUAGAGCCAUUGAUACCUACCUCAAGUCUCAUCCUUCUUUAUCAGAACACGAACGAAGAAGACUAUGCAAAAUAAUGGAUUGCGAGAAGCUGUCAUUCGAUGCAUGCAUGCAUGCCGCACAAAAUGAUCGAUUGCCUUUAAGAACCGUCAUGCAGGUUUUGUUGUUGGAGCAAGUAAAGAUGAGGUCAGCAAUGCAAGGGAAGGAGCAAGCAGGAUGCGCUGACAAUUCCGAUCAGGAAGAAAGUCGGUCUCAUGCAAAGGAGAUCAAGAUCCUCAAAGAAGAACUUGAGAAAGUAAAAGCAGAACUGCAAGAGCUGCAGAUGGCCUACACUGAGCUGCAAAGAGAACAUGAAAAGCCAAACAAUAAGCAGAGAAAUUUUUCAGGUUGGCCCUUUAACUGGAGGAAAAUCAAGAACUCAGGAUUUUUUCACGGAAAAGUGGAUGGUGAUGAAACUAGAGACAGACUGCAGACAUGUAACAGGGUUAGUCUCCGCCGAAGGCUCUCUCUCUCCUAAGAAUUCUGAAAAUCAAUAAUCUUACACUAUAAUUUCCAACAUAGCCAAAAGACAAGACAGAAUCAUCUACAUCUUCUUCCCAACGUUGGUUUGUUUUGCAAAUAAGAUUCGAAGCAUAUUUGAUAAUUGUUAUCUCAGUCUAAAUGUAUGGUUUGAAGUUGAGUGGGGUAAAGCGAUAUCCAGGAACAUUUGAGGGGGUGUCUCUAAAAUUAUUAAAUUAUUUAAUAUGUGGUAUUUCAGCCUAUUAUAUAUUGUCCUCAAUGUAACAUAAUUCCAUGGUUUUUCGAUUAGUAGACAGUUCAAACAGAAAGACAAAAUCUUUAUCA